AUGCGUUCAAAUCAGUUUCGAUCUAUCGUAAUCAUUGGAAAACCGAAGCCAACGCUGUCGGACAAAAGCGACAACAUGAUUCUCAGUAAAGAAGCUAAUACGAUGCGGAUGAGGCGGGUGUUUCUCGGUGUGCGAUGCUGCGAUGAUCAGCACAGGUCAUCGAUGCCUUGCGAGGUAUGGAAGAAGGAGCACGAGGGCAGACGGUGCGUAGCGCAGAAUUCGUUCGGUACUGCUGAAUUAAGGCGCUGCGGUAACUUCGUUUCGCGCCUAUCAAUGCAUUACUGA